AUGCCAUCAGCGCCACGAACCCCCGGGUCAUUGACGAUUCUCGCGCGCGGAAGCUCUCCAAUGAUUUGAAGCGCUGCACGUACUACGAGACCUGUGCCACCUACGGACUGAACGUGGAGAGAGUCUUCCAGGACGUGGCUCAGAAGGUGGUGGCUCUACGGAAGAAACAGCAGCUUUCCAUCGGCCCCUGCAAGUCCCUGCCCAAUUCACCCAGCCAUUCGUCUGUCUCUGCGGCCUCCAUUCCUUCUGUUCACAUCAACCAGGCCACCAACGGUGGAGGAGCCUUCAGUGACUACUCCUCCUCCGUGCCCUCCACACCUAGCAUCAGCCAGCGGGAGCUGCGGAUUGAGACCAUUGCUGCCUCCAACACGCCCACCCCCAUCCGCAAGCAGUCGAAGCGGCGCUCCAACAUCUUCACGUCUCGAAAGGGCGCAGACCCAGAGCGGGAGAAGAAGGUGCCGGAGUGUAAAGCGGACAGUAUCGGCAGCGGGCGGGCCAUUCCCAUGAAGCAGGGCAUUCUUCUCAAACGCAGUGGCAAGUCUCUGAACAAGGAGUGGAAGAAGAAGUACGUGACGCUGUGUGACAACGGAGUCCUCACCUACCACCCCAGCCUGCAUGACUACAUGCAGAACGUCCAUGGGAAGGAGAUCGAUCUACUGAGAACUACAGUGAAGGUACCAGGCAAGCGGCUACCCAGGGCAACAACGGCAGCAGCACCCAGCGCUAGUCCCAAAGCCAACGGGCUUGCGAAGGAGAGGAGUAGCACGCAGCUGACGGGAGGCACAGGUGCUCCCCACUCGACCAGCAGUACCUCCCUGCACUCAGAGCGCUCCAUCAGUGGCAUCAACCUGGUGGGCUUCAGCUCAAAGCCAGACGGCAUGCACCAGCGCUCCUACUCCGUCUCCAGCGCAGACCAGUGGAAUGAGGCUGUGGCUAUCCCUGGCAGCUGCCCCAACCCCU